ACUGUGGAUUACUUGUUUCCAGCCUCCAACAUGGCUUCUUCUUGUUCCGAAAGACAUGAUGGUUCCUUGUUUCAAUCCGAGAAAAUCUUUUUCUUCAAGAUAAUUCUUGAGGACACUGUAAGAGAUAAGAAACUUGCGAUUCCCAGAAGUUUUGUGAAAAAAUAUGGAAAUGCUUUAUCAAACCGAGCAAUCCUUAGGAUCCCAGAUGGUGUCUCGUGGAAAAUGGAGUUGUUCAAAGGUUCUGAUGUUUGGUUGAGUGAAGGUUGGCAAGAAUUUGCAGAUUAUUACUAUGUGAAAUUAGCACAUUUGCUGCUUUUUAAGUAUGAAGGAGAUUCCCAGUUCUCUGUAGUCAUUUUUAGUAAAACUGCUGUAGAGAUUGAUUAUCCACUGAGAAGUACCCAUCAAGAUUUCAAAUUUCAGAAUCUCAAAAGGGAAGAAACCGAAGAUGGCGUCUCUGAUGAAGCCAUGGAUGUUCAUUCUCCUAGCCCAACGAGAAGUCAUCAGGAAAGGGAGCAGCCAUCGGAAAGACCUUAUCACAAUGAGAAAACUCUUCAGAGAGCUUCAGCUUUCAAAUCCAAAAAUCCACUUAUGGUGAUCACCAUGAGACCAUCAUAUGUGCCCCCUGCUGGAAGUAAAAUGAAUCUACCUGAAAGAUUUUGCCGGAAAUAUUUGCUUACAAGUGAAGAUUACGUUGUCCACCUUGUUUCUGGUGGGAAAAUUUGGCCGGCAGGCUAUGCUCAUGAUGAGGAAGGACGAGCAAGAGUAAGACUUCAAACCGGUUGGAAAGCUUUUGCAACAGACAAUCACUUGGAAAUUGGUGAUGUAUGUGUGUUUGAAUUGAUCAAGUCCACAGGUGGUAAAAUUACAUUUGAAGUUCAUAUUUUCAGAGUUGCUGAAGAUGGAGCUUCUGAUUCUUCACUAGGCAAGCUGCAGAGACAUGAGAAGCCACCUCCAUGCUCCAUUUUUCCUCCACCACCAUCUCAAUCUGCCAGAAAAAUUGUCUCCAAGAAUCCAUUCUUCAGUGUUGUUAUGCAGGAAUCUUAUCUCCAUCUAUAUUUGCAUAUUCCGGCAGGCUUUGCUAGAAGGCACUUGAAGCACUGGAAAAAGAAUACUAUUACUCUUCAGGUUGAAGACAGAUCAUGGAUUGCUACGUUAAAGAACUUUGACUCAUGCAGCAGAAUUACUGGAGGCUGGGCUCAUUUUGCGAGAGAAAAUUUUCUGAAAGUGGGAGAUGUUUGCAAACUUGAGCUGAUUGACAGGAAAAAAAUGGUUCUGAAAGUCUCCAUCUCCAGGAGUGAGAAUUAAAUACUACCUAAUAUUUGAUAUUUUGGUUUGCUUCCUACAGGGAAUCAUUAAUAAAAAAUAUUUUCAAGUUACAAAG